AUGUGUUUGACCCGGACAUACUUUUGCUUUUCUAGCUACAAAAUUCCAGAUGGGGAACACUAUCCAAAAGAUCGAGGAGCUGCUGAAGCCGGACGGGAUCUCACAACCGAUUACACUGGUUGGGAGGAGUUUGCUGGGUAUAUUUGCGAGAUGAAUAGAAAAUGUCGAAAUCAAGUCAAAGAUGGGGAAUACAUAUUUUUUGCUUUGAAAAAAGAUACGAUGGAUACGCCAAAUUGGAAAUCUACAGUUAGAAUUUGUUGUUUAAAGAUGGACGAAAAAUCAAACAACGUAAAAUCCUAUCGCCUUUUCAACCUCACCGGGUUUGGAACGUCUACCGAUCGUAUC